UCCUAUCAUCUACGUUCUAAUAUUUUAAACUGGCAGAGCCAAAAAAGCAAGUGCGAGGAAGCUGUCAAGACAGCAAUAGAAGUUGGCUUCCGUCACAUUGAUGGCGCAUACUUAUAUGACACUGAAGAUCAGGUUGGACGCGCUGUUCGACAGAAGAUUGCUGAUGGGACAAUAAAAAGGGAAGACAUUUUUUACACAGGAAAGCUUUGGAGUACCUUCCACCGGCCUGAGUUAGUUCGGAAGUGCUUAGAAGAAUCUCUGAAGAAGCUCCAGUUUGACUACAUGGAUCUGUUCAUAAUUCACAGUCCUUAUUCUAUGAAGCCUGGCCCAGAAUUAAGGCCCAGGGGAGAAAAUGGAAAAUUAAUUCCUGAUGUGGUAGAUCUUCGUAAAACAUGGGAGGCGAUGGAGGCGUGCAAAGACGCAGGCUUGGUGAAGUCUAUUGGAGUGUCUAAUUUCACCAUUAAGCAGCUGGAGAUGAUCCUGAACAAGCCAGGGCUGAAAUACAAGCCUGUUUUGAACCAGGUCGAAUGUCAUGUCUAUUGGAGCCGAAACAAGCUGCUGGCCUUCUGCAACUCUCAUGGGAUCCUCCUGGAAGCAUAUAGUGUCUUGGGAACUCAGAGGGAUCCUGCAUGGAUAGAUCAGAACUUACCUGUUCUUCUUGAAGACCCAGUCCUGAACGCCAUUGCCAAGAAGUACAGCCGAACCCCGGCUCUGGUGGCCCUACGCCAUCAGUUGCAACGUGGUGUGGUGGUCCUUGUCAAGUCUUUCAACAAACAUCGCAUUGAGGAAAUAAUCCAGGUAAAACAGCAAAAGUAAACGCUUGCCACUGCACCU